AAUGACGUCAGAGUUAUUUGAAAGUGGCGGGCAGGUCUUUCUUCAGAGAAUCUAACGCUGUUCUCGAGUUUAAUGGCAGAAACUGUGAAGGACGUCUGUCUUUACAAAAGAUAACGUUCCUGUGUCCUGUCAGGACGAUUAAAUUCACGAUUUUUCUCGUCUCAUUUGAAACGGUUGUCAAGUUUGUGUAAACCGUUACUAAGCUUCACUCUUCGGGCCGAUAACAACAGACUGCAGGGCGGAAGCAUGACUAAGGAGGAUGAGAAGGCCAUUCCUGUGAGGGUUGCACUAAGAUGUCGGCCUCUGGUUCCCAAAGAGAUCAAUGAAGGGUGCCAGUGCUGUCUUAAUUUUGUACCGGGUGAACCUCAGGUCAUUGUUGGCAAUGACAAGGCGUUCACAUACGAUUAUGUGUUUGACCCCACAACAGAGCAGGAAGAAGUUUUUAACACCGCUGUCUCCCCUUUGUUGUCUGGGCUUUUUAAAGGUUAUCAUGCCACCGUUCUGGCCUAUGGACAGACCGGGUCGGGGAAGACGUUCUCUAUGGGCGGCACGUACACAUCGGAACAAGAAAACGAGCCUACGGUUGGAGUCAUCCCGCGAGUGAUAAAACGAAUAUAUCAGGAAAAAUCUAAAUGUGCAGACUGUGAAUUCCUGCUCGCUGUAUCUUACCUUGAGAUUUACAAUGAAGAGAUAUUGGACCUGCUCUGCACAUCAAAGGACAAACCCGUCAUCAGCAUCAGAGAGGAUCCUAAAGAUGGCAUCAAAAUCGUAGGACUGACAGAAAAGGAUGUGUUCACCGCUGAAGAGAUGGUGAGCUGUCUUGAGUUGGGUAACUCUGCACGAACAGUGGGCUCAACAGCCAUGAACGCAGCCUCAUCUCGCUCGCAUGCCAUCUUUACCAUAUCACUGGAGCAGCGACGCAAAGGAGACAAGAGUGAUGUCAUGGUCUCCAAACUGCACUUGGUGGAUCUCGCUGGAUCUGAAAGACAAAAAAAAACUAAAGCAGAGGGAGAUCGGCUCAAAGAGGGAAUCAGCAUUAACCGUGGACUGCUGUCUCUGGGGAAUGUGAUCAGCGCACUUGGUGAUGAAAGCAAGAAGGGGACCUUUGUGCCAUACAGGGACUCCAAACUGACACGCCUCUUACAGGACUCUCUCGGCGGUAACAGCCACACCUUGAUGAUUGCGUGUGUCAGUCCAGCAGACUCCAACAUUGAGGAGACCAUCAACACUUUGCGUUAUGCUGACCGUGCCCGUAAAAUCAAGAACAAGCCUGUUCUCAAUGUUGACCCACGCGCACUAGAAAUGAAGCGACUCAAACAGCAGGUGCAAGAUCUUCAGGUGAUGCUCCUACAUGCCCGUGGUGGUGUUGCUUCUGUGCUGACUGGGUCUGAGCCAGCAGAGAAUGUGUCAAAGAUCCUGGAGCAGAAUCGCUGUCUGCAAGAUGAGAACAGCAAACUGAGUCGAGAGCUGAGUGAGGCCGUGGGACAGACUGCUCUCAUGUUUGAAAGGAUCAUCAUGACAGAGCAGACAAAUGAGAAACUGCAAAGUAAGCUAGAGGAGUUGAGGCAGCACUCAGCGUGUAAGUUGGAUCUAAAGAAAGUGGUCGAGACUUUGGAAGACCAGGAACUGAAGGAGAAUAUGGAGGUGAUCCAGAACCUUCAACAGCUCAUCCUAGACCUGCAGAGCGAGAGUGUGGGGAUUGCUGCCACCAUUGAUGCCAUGACUUCAGGCAGUGCUUCACCUCUGGAGGCACACACUCCUGGAGGAUCUGAUACCGGCCCACCAGUGGACGUCAGUGCUGAUCCCCAAGCCAAAAACUCUCCUGAAGCCUACACAGCCCAGCAUGCACUGCGGCAGGCUCAGAUGUCAAAAGAGCUGAUUGAGCUUAAUAAAGUUUUGGCACUGAAAGAGGCUUUUGUCAAGAAGAUGUGUCAGAAUGACAGUCAUUUGGAGCCCAUGCAAACAGAAUAUCAGGAAAAUGUUCAAAGCCUGCAGACUGCAGUUGGCUCUCUGCAGAAAGAGAAGGAAGAGCUCAUCCAUGCUCUGCAGUCUGCGAAGAAGGACACCAAUCAGGCCAAACUGAGUGAGCAACGCAGAAAAAGACUGCAGGAGCUGGAAGGACAAAUCACAGAGUUAAAAAAGAAACUGCAAGAUCAGUCUAAGCUGCUUAAACUCAAAGAGUCAAGUGUGCGCAACGUGACAAAACUCAACCAGGAGAUUCAGGCUAUGAAGUCCCAGCGGGUGCAGUUAAUGAGACAAAUGAAGGAAGACUCUGAGAAAUUUCGGCAGUGGAAACAAAAGAAAGAUAAAGAAGUACUGCAGCUAAAGGAGAAAGAUCGUAAACGGCAAUAUGAGAUGCUAAAGCUGGAGAGAGACUUCCAGAAACAGGCCAGUGUUCUCCGUCGCAAGACUGAGGAGGCUGCUGCUGCUAACAAACGUCUAAAAGAUGCACUUCAGAAGAGAAGUGAAGUUGCAGAAAAGCGCAAAGAUGUUCAGAACCGCGGAGCAGAGGGUGUCGCCAACAGAGUCAAGAACUGGUUGCUGAACGAGGUAGAAGUGCUUGUGAGCACAGAGGAGGCCCGCCGGCAUCUACAGGACCUGCUGGAGGACAGGAAGAUGCUGGCAGAGGAGAUUGCUCAGCUUCGCCAGCAGAUGGAGGCAGGAGAGAGACCUGUAGCCAAAGUCCGGCGUCGUACACUGACCAUUUCAGAGUUGGAAGGCCAAGGUGAGCUGGAAGCCUCCAUCAGCAAGCAAGUGGAGAGUCUGGAGACAGAGAUGGGGCUCAGGAGUGCUCAGAUAGCUGACCUGCAGCAGAAGGUUCUGGAUGCAGAUAAUGAGGGGCGAAUGAAACAGCGCUGGGAUUCUAUCACAACCAUCGUAGAGGCCAAGAGCGCCCUGAAGGUCCUCAUGGCUGAGGUUGUAGUCUCCAAGACCACCAAUGCGAAGCUGGAGAGCGAGUUGAAGCAGGAAAAAGCCAACCUGCUGGACAUGCAGAAGAUCUUGUGUGAUGAACGCAAACUCAUGUCUGCCAUGGACAUGGAGCACCAGAGUCACCUGGUGGAAAUGGAGCAGAGACACCAGGAGAAGGUGCUGUAUCUCCUCGGUCAGCUCCAGAAUAAGCCUGUGGCACAGGUGAAGCAGGAGGAGGAGGUGUCCAAACGGGAGCAGGAACUGAUGCAGCGUCUUCAGUUUCAGGAAGAGGAAAUUGAAAAACUGCGAGAACUCAGUGAUCAGAACCAAAAACUCAAAGAUGAAAAUGACCAGUACAAGCAGAAAUUACAUCUGGCCCAGCUGACCAGUGCAAAGAAAGUCCUGUCAUCUGUGAAUGAAUCACCUGAUACAUCUUUUGAAUAUGUUCCACCUAAGCCUAAACCCAGAAGCUACUCCACUGCUCGGGCACGUCUGCAGGAGCCCAUAGAUCUCGAUGAACUCAUCUCUCCAUCAGAGUCUGAGAAAGAAGAGGACGAGUGGCGUCCAGAGAAAAACGACAGAACACGACGAGGCUCCAAAAAGUCGAAAAUGAAUGGGUGUGCAUGUCGGGGCCGCUGUGUUAACAAGCUUUGUCGCUGCCGCAAGGGAAAGAUGACCUGUGGAGAGAACUGCCUCUGUGACCAUGAGAAAUGUCGCAAUAUGGAGAACCGCAGCAGCGUGGAUCUCACCGAAAUAAGUGACGUGUCUACUAAGGAGUCUACUGCAAUUCCUGAGGACCCCACAGCGGUCAGCCCUCGAGAUGCUACGUUUUUCAGACCUCCUAGUGUGCCACCUACUAAAAAGGAAAUUGGAGACAUGGGCCGCCUGCCUGCAGAUCUGAAACUUGAAAAAAAGCCAGUCCUUGCUGAGAACGAGAGUGAUAGCGACGACUCUGAAGCGAUGAACAGCACUUCCAGCUUCCUCCGGAGGAACAAGAGAGGCCUAAAUAACUUCAAAAACAGCUUCUUCUCUGGCUGCACACCCAUCCGUGAAGAACAUUAGUACUACAACUGUACAAUGUAAUCGUUACGUCUGCUAAAUAUCUUGUCUUUUUUGUCUGUCUUUUUCAUGUGGUUUAAAUGUAUACAUUUGUUUAAAUUGGUAGUUUAUCAUUAAUUGUAAUUCAUUUGCACUAACAAUAUGAACUACACACGUCAUGGGUAAUUUUAUAGACUUUUAAGCAGUUUGUCUAUAUGACAUUUGAAAGUCAUGAUUGUAGAUUUUUUUUAUUUCUAUUAAAUCUAGUGACUUCAAUAAAUAAUUAAUUUUAA